UCCUGAAUUAUCUACUUAAUAAUCUCCAUGAAGAUACUAUAAAGUAGUGCCUGAAGAUACUGAAUCAGUCUGAGAAAAGAAAGAAUUUAAUUCAGAGCAACAACAAAAAUGAGAUGCGUUCCCAUAUUAUACGACAGUUGACCAGGCUGGCAAAAAUAUAUGCUUAUGGUGGUCACAAACUUUUAAUAGUCAACACAAUUAGCUCUGGACUCUUAUUAGGAGCUGCGGAUAUAAUACAGCAGUCUUUGGAGCGAAGGAAAAAGGAAAAAUCGUGGGAUACUGACCGUACAUUUCGCAUGUUAGUCACUGGAUGUAGCUCUGGACCACUCCUGCAUUACUGGUAUUUAUGGAUAGACAAAAUAAACCCAAGAAAAGGAGUUCAGAAAUUUAAAGUUGUCAUCACGAAGGUAGUAAUUGACCAGACCUUUGCUCCAUUCUUCGGAGGUUGGUAUUUCAUAAUUAUGGCACUCCUUCAAGGCCACAGUUUGGCAGACGGCAUUGAUGAAUUUAGAGAUAAAUUCUGGGACUAUUAUUUGGCAGAACUUGCUAUUUGGCCAGCGGCUCAAAUGUUUAAUUUUCUAUAUCUCCCCUCAAAAUACCGAGUGUUGUUUGUGAAUGUAGUGACAUUGGGAUGGAAUGUCUACCUUUCAUAUCUGAAACAUCGAAGUUGAGAAUUGGAAAGACUUGGCAGCAAAAGAGUCGAAGAGGAAACGCUUUCUUAAAAAUGAUUGCACUACCUAAAAAUAUACUAUAUUCAGAUUUGAAAUCGUCUCAGUGGAAUUGUAUUAUUUUGUUCCCCGUAGCCUUGUAAAAGGUUAAACUAUAUAAAUGUUUUAUGCUAGUUGUUCUGAAUAAACUUUUUUUUAAUGAAU